AUGUCUUACGACAAAUCAAAAUCGCCAAAAGAUUAUAAAAAAGUAUUCAUUUCAUCUCAAAGGAAAGACUCUGAGAUGAAACAUGUAGAUCGAAGUUCAUUAUCAUUAAACAAUCGACUUGUUUGGAUUCCUGGAAAAUCAAAUACUUCUAUGCAUAACAAUAUUUACAGUAAUAAUAGAGAAAUAAAUAGUUCGUCCACGUCAAAUCAGUGUAGGGAGAUCACGGAUAAUCAUAAUUCGAAUACUAACUUAUUGGAAACAAACAACACUUAUACCAUUGUUAACAUAACAUCUAAUGGAUCAUCACAAGAAAAAGUAUCAAUUAAUGCAUUGGCUGCAGAUACCAGACAAGACAUUGUUCUUGAUCAACCACAAAAGAAAAUGGCAACGAAGAAAAAUGAUUGUUAUACGAAAAAAUCGACGCAUAAUUAUACUGAUGAUGGUUCUCUGGCAACAAAAAACGGACCAGAUGUCAUUUAUUCUGUAACUGAUCAACACACAAAAUCAUUAGACGAUUGCUCGUUGACGGAUUGCACAGAUGUGAUUCAAAAGGAAAACGAUGAUGAGUUUGACAUAUUUUUUGUAAAUAAUCAACGGCAGUUAGAGAUUAAAACAAUAAAUAUUUGA